UGAGGCGGGUGGCGGCUCCACUGCGCUAAAUGGUUUGUGGGGUUUGAAGAGGAAGUAUAGCACUGUUAGUACCAAGUACUAGUCACUGGGAACAAUGAGGCGACUAAACUGGUUAGCCUCUGAUUUGAGGUCAUCUGGAAUAUACGUCACCAGUGUCGCUUACAGCAUAAUGGUUUCAUUAUGUCCUCAUUGCAUGAGGCAGAGACCUCACCCACUUGCAGGGCACACACAUCAGUAACCAGAAGGGCCUCGGGUAUUUAGGAAGCCCCGACAGCCUAAGCCAGCCUAGUCGGCAGCCAGGCAGCUUGCAAGUGCUGCGGAGUCUCCUCUGCUUUCCCCUGUUCUCUCAGUCUUUCUGCCUACCUUUCUGUUUCGCCUCCCCAACUGACAAUUCAAAAGAUGGUAUACAGUUCUACGAGAUGGCCUCACGCUCCGACACUUUUGGUUAGGUGGAAUUAAACCCUCUCGGCUUCAGGGAUUUAUUUCACUGCUUUAUAAUCUGGUUAUGUUUCUAGGAGCCAGAGCAAGUAAGUAGAAAUUUCAGAAAACUUCGGAUUCCCAGAAACGAAAGAAAAGGCCGCCUGGAGGGGAUGAGUGAUGUGACUGAGGAAAAUGUGCACCAGCAGUUUGCUGGUUUAGACCUGAACUCUUCUGAUAAUCAGAGUGGCGGAGCAAACACAGCAAGCAAAGGACGUUAUAUACCUCCUCAUUUAAGAAACAGAGAAGCAUCCAAGGGACUCUACAAUAAGGAAAGUUCAGGCUGGAGUUGCAGUAAAGACAAGGAUGCAUAUAGCAGCUUUGGGUCUCGUGAUUCAAGAGGAAAGUCCCGUUACUUCAGUGAUCGUGGAAGUGGAUCAAGGGGAAGAUUUGAUGAUCGUGACAGAACUGGCUUUUGCAAAUAUGAACGUAGUGGGUAUAGUCGUUGGUGUGACAGAGCAGAUGAAGAUGAUUGGUCAAAACCUCUUCCUCCAAGUGAACGCUUAGAACAAGAACUUUUUUCUGGAGGAAAUACGGGGAUUAACUUUGAGAAAUACGACGAUAUACCAGUAGAGGCAACUGGCAAUAACUGCCCUCCACAUAUUGAAAAUUUUAGCGAUCUUGAGAUGGGAGAGAUUAUUAUGGGAAACAUUGAACUGACUCAUUAUACUCGUCCUACUCCAGUGCAAAAACAUGCAAUUCCUAUUAUCAAAGAAAAAAGAGAUUUAAUGGCUUGUGCUCAAACAGGGUCUGGAAAAACUGCAGCAUUUCUUCUGCCAAUUCUGAGUCAGAUAUAUACAGAUGGUCCAGGAGAGGCUUUAAAGGCUGCAAAGGAAAGUGGAAGGUAUGGGCGCCGCAAACAAUACCCAAUCUCCUUGGUGUUGGCCCCAACAAGAGAAUUGGCAGUGCAGAUCUAUGAGGAAGCAAGAAAAUUUUCAUACCGGUCUAGAGUUCGUCCUUGUGUAGUUUACGGUGGUGCUCAUACUGGCCAGCAGAUUCGAGACUUAGAGCGUGGUUGCCAUUUACUAGUUGCCACUCCGGGACGUCUGGUGGAUAUGAUGGAAAGAGGAAAAAUUGGAUUAGACUUCUGCAAAUACUUAGUGUUGGAUGAAGCUGACAGGAUGUUGGACAUGGGGUUUGAACCUCAGAUACGGCGUAUAGUUGAACAAGAUACUAUGCCACCAAAAGGUGUUCGUCAAACUAUGAUGUUUAGUGCUACUUUUCCUAAGGAAAUACAGAUGCUUGCUUGUGACUUCUUGGAUGAAUACAUUUUUCUGGCUGUAGGCAGAGUAGGCUCUACUUCUGAAAAUAUCACACAGAAAGUGAUUUGGGUGGAAGAAUUAGAUAAACGGUCAUGUCUACUUGAUGUCUUAGUUACAACAGGAAAGGAUUCACUGACUUUAGUGUUUGUGGAGACCAAAAAGGGUGCAGAUUGCCUGGAGGAUUUCUUACACCAUGCAGGGUUUGCCUGUACCAGUAUUCAUGGAGGCCGAUCACAAAGAGAUCGAGAAGCAGCACUUCAGCAGUUCCGCUCAGGGAAAAGUCCAAUUCUAGUGGCCACGGCUGUGGCAGCAAGAGGUCUCGACAUUUCAAAUGUGAAACAUGUUAUCAACUUUGAUUUGCCAAGUGAUAUUGAAGAAUAUGUGCAUCGCAUUGGCCGUACAGGACGUUUAGGAAACCUUGGUCUUGCCACCUCAUUCUUUAAUGAAAGAAAUAUGAACAUCACAAAAGAUUUAUUGGACCUCCUUAAUGAAGCUAAACAAGAAGUGCCAUCUUGGUUGGAAGAUAAGGCUUUUGAACACCAUUUCAAAGGUGGCAGAAGUGGACGUUCUAAGAGAUUCAGUGAAGGAUUUGGUGCUAGAGACUAUCGACAAAGUAGUGGUUCCAGCAGCUCUUGUUUUAGUAGUACCCGUGCAGGCAGUAGCCGCAGUGGUGGAGGUGGUCACGGCAAUAACAGAGGAUUUGGUGGAGGUGGCUACGGAGGCUUCUACAAUAGUGAUGGAUAUGGUGGAAAUUAUAACUCCCAGGGGGUUGACUGGUGGGGCAACUGAAUCUCCUUUGCUGCAGUCAUCAUUUCAUACAAGCCAACGUGGAAACCACAUAUAACUUAGCCAGACUAUAAUAUGUAGCUUUAAGAACUUGCAGUACAUUAUCAGCUGUGAUUCUUAUGAAAAUUCCAAGAGAGCUCAAAGUCACAAGAAGAAAUCAGCAGAGCAACUACAGACCUAUUCAGAAGUUGAAGAUUUAGUUGCAGUAUGGAUUAACUUGUCUCCUGCUGAGUCCCACCCCAAACUGCAUUUGUAAUCUUGACUGAGGAUCAUUUGUUUGUUAAUGUACUGUGACUUUAACAACAGUAUUUUGAUGUCUUGUUGGCUUGGUAAUGCUCAAAAUAUCAGUUGUUUGGACAAAAUAAAUUUACUGAAUUUGAGCUACAAUUAAACCUUGAUAAAGAGGUGUGAUUCUAUGUAGCAGAGAUAAUUAAUUCAUCAGUAAAUACAAGGAAAAACUGCAGUAGCCUGUGUUGAGAGUUUGGUACUUGUAGACCCUGGUGGGGAGGAGGUCAUCUUAAAAUGUGAUUAUUUUCUAGUAUGGCAAAGUGCUAAAGUUCUGACUUGCUCUCUCUGUUCUGGAUAGGCACUUAGAACCUUAAACUAUAAGAAAACACUCCUGUCAUGAAGUGUGAACACAGCAAUAUUUUUGAACUUACUCUUUGAAGUUAAUGCAAGUAAAUAUAUCAAUUCCCUGUUUAAUAUUUAGGCUAUUUACUGCUUUUAAGUUCAGUGUCUGUGGGCAUCCUACUGCAAGAAUUGUUUAGACCUGAUAAAGUGUUUGGGAGGAUAUAUUUAGUUAGAUCCUUCAUUGCCUGCCGUAAAUCAAUUUGAAAUGUUAGAAUGGCUGUCCAUAGGAAUGACAAUGACCAAUCCUUUUCGGGCAUUACUGGAUUCUGGUCUUCACUGGAUUCAGUUUUGAUUUUUUUUUUUUUUUUUUUUUUUUUUUUU